UGAAAAAUGAAAAGUUAUUAAGCCUUCCCAAAAGCUGAAACAUGGACUUUUGUUCUUCUUUUGAUUUCAUUAAACACGCAGAUUCCAGAAUAGGUUGACCAACAAUUGUAGCAGGGUACCAUCCCGUCUCUUAGAAGAAUGUGACACCAUCGCAUAGCUUCCAGUACGGUGAAAACAUUACUUUCUCACUUUUCCCACCCAAAGACACACAAAUCCAGUUCCUUUCCCCCUCUAUUACAUGUUGUACUGAUUUCAUCAUUGCCACUGUGAACGGCAGUUUAAUAAACACCCAAUUUACGUAGGCACUUAGCUGGCUUUCGAACAGCAACACAUAAAAACCCAGGCACUAAAGACACUUGAGAUACACAUUUAUCAUGAAGGCCUAAUACAUAUUUAUUGACUGAUGCUGUACGAUCUCCUAGAUCUCUCCUAACCAAAACUCUAGAAACCUAUUUAAAGACCUCUGGAAGAGAGUCGCAGAAUCGAGACUAUUUAGUACUGCAGAAUCCCACACAAAUAAAUUGUAAUUUUUCCAAAGUCGGUGGCUUACUUCACCGUCAAGCAACAGGGAGUAAUUAAUUCUUACUCGAAACUUAAAAGAAUCGCUUGUCGGAGCAAGUUUCAGGUGUGGCCCUGGAAAGAUGCCACGUUCCUAUGGCAACCUCGAAUCGCCAUUUGAAGCGUUCUCGCGACCUCCCGCCCUGACGUCACUUCCGGUAUCACCUGUGUGGUUACCGGGAGCUGUAAACAAGGUGUGCAAGCAUCCAGAGAGCUGUCGGGAUGCAGCAGAGCGGAGCGGGUGGAGGCCGUGGCUGCGCUCUGCUCCCACUGCUGGGCGUCCUGCUCUUCCAGGGUGUUUACAUCGCCCUUUCCUUGGAGAUUAAAGCGGAUGCGCAUGUCCGGGGUUAUGUUGGAGAGAAGAUCAAGUUGAAAUGCACCUUCAGGUCGACUUCAUCUAUCACUGACAAACUCACCAUAGACUGGACGUACCGACCCCCCAGCAGCAGUCGUACUGAAUCCAUUUUUCAUUAUCAGUCUUUCCAGUAUCCAACCACAGCAGGCACGUUUCGGGAUCGAAUUUCCUGGGCUGGAGAUGUGUACAGAGGGGAUGCGUCUAUCAGCAUCAGCAACCCUACCCUCAAGGACAAUGGGACAUUCAGCUGUGCCGUGAAGAAUCCCCCAGACGUGCACCAUAACAUUCCCGUGACAGAGCUAACAGUCACAGAGAGGGGGUUUGGCAUCAUGCUCUCCUCUGUGGCCCUCCUCUCCGUCCUUGUCUUCGUCCCCUCAGCCGUGGUGGUUGUCCUGCUGCUGGUGAGGAUGGGGAGGAAAUCAGCUGGGCUGAAGAAGAGGAACAAGUCUGGCUACAAGAAGUCGUCUAUUGAGGUGUCAGAUGACACUGACCAGGAGGAGGCGGACGACUGCAUGGCGAGGCUUUGCGUUCGUUGCGCCGAGUGCCUGGAUUCAGACUAUGAAGAGACAUAUUGAUGAAAGGCUUCAUGAUGUAAGAAGAGUCACCUGAUAGAAAAUAUCCUGUCCCACUGGCAGCUAAAGCCUCUCAGAGAAUCGAAGCUGCUUGGAUCGCUGUGCCGGAGGAUUCUGGAAGCCAUCCGUAGAGACGUUAGGAACCAUUUAUUUAUUGAACAACUGUUCUUUUUAUAUUUAUGAACUGUUCAAGAACUCCCAGAAGAAACUCCUACCUACCCCUUCUAAUAACUUAUGCUCUAAUUGAAUGAAGGAAUUCUCUUCCUGAAUAGAAAGAAACUCUUUGUUUUUGCCUUUGCCCUUGAACGUGUUACGUGCUUUCUUCUGGUUACUUGAGGGAAAAUCCUAAAUGUUGGCCACACCGCUGAGGCCAAAAUAUUUUUAAAAAAUGAAAUGGAGCUUGUAGUGUCCAGAUGUGUGACGAGACGAGAUGUUUGGGAUAAGUAUUCUUUGGCAUUUGCUCCGUGAAUGUUUUCAGCUGCGGAUCAGCGCACAGCAUGUACUCAUUGGUUUAAUGACAUCAUCCGUUGUGUUUGGGUGACUCAGAACUCUAAUUUCCAUAGAGUCGGUAGAGCCCGGAGCCUAUGGUUUGCUUUGACUGGGCUUUUAAAGUAUUAAAGUGCCGUCAGUGUCCAAUUAAGGAAAGGAACGGUGACGUAGAGGGAUCUCUUUCUUUUGUGUUGCUAGGUGCAGCUUCGAAAGGUUUUUUUUUGUGGGGAAAUGUAUAGAAUAUUUUAUCAGUUAUUUGCAAGGAAAUCAUCUUUUUUUUUUUUUUUUUUUUUAACAAAUGCCACUCCAGAGUUCAAAUGUUGGAUUUACUUUAACGAGGCUUAUGUUUAUCGGAAAUCAUCUUUUGACCUUUGUUAUUCUUCAGAACUUUUCUGAGUUCUAAAAUGCACCAAAUAUGAGUGAACCAAGGUAUUUGCAAACUGUUUUUGUUUAUGUCGUAUUUGACAUAAGGAAGUGAGGUCUAUACUUCUCUAUAGUCUAUACUUCUCAUUUCUAUUCUCUCAGUACCUUAUAUCAGCUUCCUCCAUUUUCCUGCAGCAACUGAUUUCAAAUUUUAAUUUACAUGGGAUUUUCUACAAGCCAUUAAGUAAUACAUGUGACAUGUCCAGAAGGGCUGAUAGUAUAGUCCUCUGUAAAAGAGCGAUAGAGUUCACUUCUCGAUUAUGAGAGACAAAAAUUAUCCUCCCUCCUCCCAUCUUUGUUUUUUGUUUUGUUUUGUUUUCUUUGUUUUGUUUUCCCAUGGUUCUUCACUAGGUGGCUAGGGAGGUUUCCAUAUUAUAGCCUAAUACGCCCCAUAUGUUACACAAAAAAUCACUUUGCCCAGAUUUAUGUUUAAAAUUUUGGGUCAUUAGUUCUGGAAGUCAUCAGUAAAGACUUUAAGAAUUAUGAUAUGGGUUUGGCCUGGCCUCUUUUGUUAAUCUAGUCCAUACAUAAGAGAGUCUGGUUCAUUAAUAGAUAUUACGAUUUACCUCUGGUCACGUAAGGAAGUGAAAGAGGCAAAGACACGUUGACUGUUUAUUUCCAGUGGUUGAGCCUCAGAGUCUUGGGCUGUUUGUCAAGUAUAUGGUUGUCUGGGGCCAGCCUGGUGACAGACACUCUGACACCACAGCAGAGACGGGAAAACAUAUUUGAGCAACAAGAGUAAAUAAUUUGGGUUCUGGGAGAUUUGAAGAUAGAGACCCAAUUGUGGGGUAGACUUUUUGUGGGUCUGAGAAAGAGAUGAUGUGACAGGAACCCAGUUAAAACCGCAUUUCAUGAAUUGAGGAACCGGGUUUGUCUGGGGUUUCUUGUAAUUUCCUUUCAGGUGUGUUAUGAGGAUUAAUCCAGUUGUAGUAAGCUUGUCACUGUAGGUAAAGGGUGCUGUGUGACCACUUGGUCAUGUUAUUUUGUAGCCUCGAUCGUGAUUUGAACAAGUCCCUUUCUUUUUAAGUGACCGAACAACAGCAUCCUUCAUGGUAAGAGAGUAGACUGGGGAUUUAGUCGUCUCCGUGGGUUUACGGUCGCACCAGUCAUAAGGCUUCUGUCAGAGUUCUUCUUUAUCUCUUACAUUGAGGUCUGGGUUACAGCCUUCCCCCCACCCCCAAAAGGAGCAAAAAGCAGUUCCUUUUUUUUAAAGAUGGAAGAAAGAUAACUUUUUUUUUAAACGUACUCUUUUUAAUACCUUCUAAGGUGCUAUUCUCCCUCUCUCUCGUUUUCUUUUCGCUGCUCUCUAUGCAGAACACAUCGAAUGAAGACCAGCCUUGUCUAGAAAGGGAAUUGAAUUCUGAAAGCUUCAGAGGGGGUUAAAAGCCUUUCAGAAUUUUUCUUUGGCUGCCGGAGGCUUUCCUCGUGGCUACACUAUCUUAUAAGUUUCGUGCAUUGAGCUCUCAAUUCCGUUAUCGAAUGCGAAUUUAUGAAAUGCUUUGUGUUUCCCACGGGUCCCCUUGCCCCAGGCUUCGUGGAGAAGGCACUAGGUCUCCGCAACUCCCAAAUCGUGCGCUGGUGUUUCAAGAGGGAAUGUUGAAUGUUCCUGUUUAAGGAGAAUGUUUGGAGGCCAAAUCCUCGAUCUGAACGUUCUGUCGUGUCACUCAGUUACGGUUCUAAAAGGGAGCCGGGAAGACCCCCGGAGAGCGGACCAAGACUGUCAUUUAAUUGCACAACUGGAAACUUCGCUGCCAGAAGAGGCAGCUCCAUUCGUUCGAUUCCUGCAUUGGACUGUUGUUAACUGCUGCAUUUCACAGCGUUUUUGUUUUGUUUUGUUUUGUUUUGCGGGAGAGUGUGCACCGUUGGGCCAUGUGCACAGACGUUGUAACUCUUGAUAUCUUUACCACAUCACAGUUAAUAAACUGCUUUGCACUUUCUGGCUACUUUCUGGUGUGUAUCUACCUGUAAAAUGAGAGCUGUCAUGUGAAAGGGGAGGAGGUUGUGGUUUUCAGCAUCAAGCAGCCAUUCGCGUCUAAGCUUUACCCCUGCAAGACCCUGCACGGAUUCAGUGGGGUGCUGGAGCCAGUUCACCCAGCAAGAGCUGAUCGUUAAAUUUUUAGGAAUUUUGCAAACUGAUUGUUAAACCAUUGGUGGCUUGAAAUAGGCUGUGGUGGGUGUUUAUGUAAGUUGCUGGCUUACCAGUACACUAUUGCUCAAGAACCAUGUAGCAUAGGGGCGCCUGGGUGGCUCAGUCAGUUAAGCAUCUGACUUCGGCUCAGGUCAUGAUCUCCUGGUUCAUGAGUUCGAGCCCCGCGUCGGGCUCUGUGCUGACAGCUCAGAGCCUGGAGCCUGCUUCCCA